AUGGAAGUGGACAAUGCAGCAACCAUAGAAAAUGGUAGCAAUGGUGAUAGCGGUAAAAGUGUGGUCGAAACUGCAGCUGGUGUGGACCAGGAUAGAAUUCAUAUUUCUCCAGUGCCUAAAUUCUUCGGUUUCAAGCAAUUCAAGAAACUAUUAGAAAAGCAUAAUAUUGGAAAAUACGUUUUGCCUAAGGAUACUCAGUCAUAUAAAGUCAGAACUGCUAGGGAAAGCGUAACAAAACUUGCGGAUGUCCCCUAUAGUGAACAGUUGUUGCAAAAGACUAGAACCUCUUCUAAAUUAUGUGAUAGGCUAAUCGCCGAAAUGAGGAAGGCAAAUGUUGAUGACGUCAAUCAACUGCUCCCUGCAGAACUUCUAAAAGAGAUAAAACCGUCGCCGAAGACGACAGGCUAUCGCAACAAAUGCGAGUUCACCAUUGGCCUCACGCAUGAAGGGCAGGUUUGCGUUGGAUUUGUUGGUGGGCGCUUCUCUAACAACGAGCAUUACGUCAUCCCUAUUGGAGAUGUUGAUAAUAUCACCUUGAUGACGAAAAAGAUUGUCGAAGCCGUGACCAAUUUUGUGCAGGCUUCAGGUCUGCCUCCAUUCGACGAAUUUUCUCGCGUCGGUGUCUGGAAGAUGCUCACUGUGCGGCAGUUUGGUGGAGACGUGAUGCUCAUUCUCACUGUCAACCCUUUUGAAGACCACAAACCAGGAAGAAAAGCUCAAGCAGGAGUUCUCUGCGAGGUUUCUUAA